AUGAACGAUUUGACAGAGACGCCGCCGUAUUCGAGAAGCGUCACGUCGACUGCUCCCAGCUCGCCACGCAUGCCUCCUCAGCGACAGAAUUCUGGCAGCCAGACUCCCCGAGUUCGACCGCAUGCGACGACUCUCAAUAUCCCGGGCAUGACCCGGUCAAAGGUUUCACCUGAUGGACGGAUACCUCAGCGCGAUGUGGCCGCCAAGCUCGUCAUUGUCAUGGUCGGCUUGCCGGCUCGCGGAAAAUCAUACAUCACAAAGAAGCUCCAGCGCUAUCUGACAUGGCAGCAGCACGAAUCGCGCAUCUUCAACGUGGGCAAUCGGCGGCGGAAGACGGCUGGUCGCAAGGUCUCGAUUCACCCCAAGCUGGCACCAGAACCCGACUGCCUUGAUCCUCCGGUUCAAGCUGCUGAGAUUCUACUGAAUGGCAUGCCAGCCCCUAGCGGUUUGUUGAGCCCGCGACACCGAGAAGAGCCUACGGCAUUCGAUCUCAACCAAGCCGAAUCACAGCAGGAUGCAGACCAAUCUGCCCAAUUCUUCGACCCCAAGAACGAAAAGGCUGCGGCCUUUAGAGAGCAGGUGGCUAUGGAUACCCUGGACGAGCUCCUGGACUACCUUUUGAACGAGGGUGGUGCCGUGGGUAUCCUUGAUGCUACAAAUAGCACUAUUGCGCGAAGACAGCAUGUCGUGGAUCACAUUAAGCAGAGAGAACCCAAGCUUGGUAUCUUGUUUAUCGAGAGUAUCUGCAGAGAUCCAGACUUGCUUGAAGCAAACAUGCGACUGAAGCUUUCUGGCCCCGAUUAUCGGGAUAAGGAUCCAAUCCAGUCACUCGCGGAUUUCAAGGCCCGAGUUGAGGCCUACGCUAGUGCAUACGAGCCCCUUGGAGAGUAUGAGGAAGAGCACGAUAUGCAAUACAUUCAGAUGGUCGAUGUUGGGCGAAAGUUGAUUCAGCACAGACUCAAGGGAUUUUUAAGCGGCGGGCUCAGCACUUACCUUUCCAGCUUCAACCUCGCCCCCCGCCAAAUUUGGAUCACCCGCCAUGGCCAAAGCAUCGACAACGAGCUUGGCAAAUUAGGUGGUGAUUCUGCUCUUACCGAGCGAGGCCAUUGCUACGCCCAAGCUCUCCAUCGCUUCAUCACGCACAAACGAAAGGAGUGGAUCAUGGAGCAGAAGAGCAAGAUGGCGCAGGCGUCAUUUCCCCCUCUCCCAGGCGACAACACCCCACCUUAUCCAGACAUGUAUAGCGAUGUGGAUGAGAAGAACUUUUGCGUCUGGACAUCAAUGCUGCAGCGCAGCGUGGAGACGGCUGAAUACUUUGACGUUGACGACGACUACGACGUCAAGAACUGGGAAAUGCUCAACGAGCUUAACUCGGGCCAGUUCGAGGGCAUGACAUACGAAGAGAUUGCGGCCAAGUUCCCCGAGGAGUUCAAGAAGCGUGCCAACGACAAGCUCAAUUACAUCUACCCGGGCGUCGGCGGUGAAGGCUACCUUCAGGUUAUUAGCCGCCUCCGCGACAUGGUCCGGGAGAUUGAGCGCAUCACUGACCACGUUCUGAUCAUCGGACACCGGUCUGUUUGCCGCGUCCUGAUGGCCUAUUUCAUGGACUUGACUCGGGAGGACAUAACCGACAUGGACGUGCCCCUGGGCAUGCUCUAUUCCAUCGAACCCAAGCCUUAUGGCAUUGCCUUCCACGCCUACCGCUAUAACGAAGGGCGAGGCUGGUUUGACGAGAUGUCCAACUACAAGCCUCAAAAGGCUGCUCGUGGCAGCGUCUAA